CGCGCAAAGCAUCAUCUCACACCAACUGCUCUCCACAACCUCCCAACACCUCGGAAUACUCAAACUGUUGUCUUAAAUCCUGCUGGUUCUCAUUUGAACUUCGCUCCCUCCUAUUCACGUUACCUUGUUGAAGCCUUUCGGAAUACCUGCUUAGUUUGCCUUCACCGUCACGAUGGCAUCUGGCUACGAUCGAGCACUCUCUGUAUUCAGUCCCGAUGGACACGUCUUUCAGGUCGAAUAUGCUCUUGAAGCCGUGAAACGAGGAACCUGCGCCGUUGGGGUCAAGGGCCAAGAUAUAGUUGUCCUUGGGUGCGAGAAACGGUCGGCGAUGAAACUCCAAGACACACGAAUCACUCCAUCGAAGAUAUGUCUCGUCGACAAUCACGUCGCCCUCGCGUUUGCCGGGCUGCACGCGGACGCGCGGAUAUUGGUCGACAAGGCACGGCUGGAAGCGCAAUCACACAGGCUGACCGUGGAGGACCCGGUAUCAAUAGAAUACAUCACGAAAUAUAUCGCCGGAGUGCAGCAGCGAUACACACAGAGCGGUGGUGUCCGGCCGUUCGGAAUCAGCACGCUGAUUGUGGGCUUUGACAAGAAUGACAAGACCCCGUUUCUGUAUCAGACGGAGCCAUCGGGGAUCUAUUCAGCCUGGAAAGCAAACGCCAUUGGAAGGUCGAGCAAGACCGUCCGAGAAUUCCUCGAGCGAAACCACAAGCCAGAUAUGAACCGAGAGGACACUAUCAAGCUGACCGUCAAGUCUCUCCUGGAGGUGGUGCAAACCGGGGCGAAAAACAUCGAAAUCGCUAUUAUGGCCCCUGGGAAGCCGGUCGAAAUGCUUGCGGACGACGCGAUCGAAAAGUACGUGGAGAGCAUCGACACGGAGAAGCAGGAGGAGGCGGCGAAUCGAAGACCUGGCCGUGCACCAGGCAGUGGCACCGCGGCCAUCCUUACGAGGCAGUCGGGCGAAGGAUCCGGCGCAUGAGAUGCCAGACACAGGCAUGGAGACGUGGAGGAUCACGGACGGUGUCAUAUAUGGAGCGUUGGCGUUUCGUUCAUAGAAUGCAAAGUCAGGGCAUCAAAUGGUAUUUGGUAUCGGACGAAAAGGAAUCGCAUAACAACAUCAUGAUCCUCAUUCCCGACAGCCGCGCCUUAGGCCAUGGUGUCGCCUUGACCUAACCUAACCGCUCUGCGGCUUCUUUGACGUCGAAGAUGGUCUGCUUGUCAGCUUCCCGCACCCUGUUGUCUUUGAGCAU